AUGCCUCCCAUCAUCAUCGGCGUGGCCGACGUCCGAAAUCGGUCAAUCGCAGUCGAAGAUGCUAAAGAGCCUGCGACUUUGAUGCUGGAGGCCAUUCAAGGGGCCAUCCACGACGCAACCAGCUCAGUCGAGACCGCAAGAAUCCUUCAAAGUAGCAUUGAUAGUAUCAGUGUGGUGCGCACAUGGACUUGGCCUUAUCGUGACCUGCCAGGCCUGUUGUCACAACAACUGGGGGUGAACCCGCAACACCGCUCGUACAGUGAACAUGGAGGCAACCAGCCCGCAAAACUGCUUGAUGAGGCAGCCAUGAGAAUUGAGAAGGGAGAUACAAAGGUUGCGGUUCUGACUGGUGGUGAAGCGUUGGCAUCUUUGGCCGCCUGUGUUAAGAAUGGCAAGAUGCCACCUCCAGGGUGGUCGGUUCCGGCAGAAGAUGUGACGGACGUAUUCUCUCCGACUACAACAAGGCUCAGAAAAGAUAUUGCAGGACUUCAUGCCGUGGGGUCACCAAUCCAUGUCUACCCACUUUACGAGAAUGGAUUCCGAGCUCAUCGCAAACAGACGAUUCAAGCCAAUAAUCAGGAGUCAGCAGGCCUGUAUGCCUCCUUUAGUCAAGUCGCCUCGCAAAAUCGAUAUGCGUGGAAUUACGGCAUGGAAGCUGAAACCACAGAUUCGAUCGGAAAUGUGUCCAAAAAGAACCGCAUGAUUUGCUUUCCAUAUCCGCUUUUGAUGAAUGCCUUCAAUACUGUCAACUUAUCAUCUGCUUGCAUCUUGACCUCAUCGGAGUAUGCCACCCAGCUUGGGAUUCCAAGUGACCGAUGGAUAUAUCCUCUUGGCGGCGCCGGCUUCAGCGAACGGGAUAACUUUUGGGACCGACCCAACUUCUUUGAGAGUUCCGCAAUCUCGAAAUCGCUCGAUCUUUGUCUAGAAAAAAGCCACCUCGCUUCUCAUGAGAUAGAUCUCUACGACUUUUACUCAUGCUUCCCUAUUGUGCCCAAGCUUGCAUGUCAUCACCUGGGACUUUCUAUUACAGAGCCACAGAAGCCGCUUACUCUCCUAGGCGGGCUCACAUCUUUUGGAGGGGCUGGGAAUAACUACUCUAUGCACGCCAUCACGGAAAUGACUCGGCAAUUACGUGAUAGCAACAGGCGCAACGGGCUGAUCCUUGCAAAUGGUGGCUUUUUAUCUUACCAGCAUGCAAUUUGUCUGUCUGCUCAAGCUCCCAAGGGACAAAAGCCUUAUCCGGAUGCCAAAUCCUCGGGUGUGGCGGACUCUAAAUCGGUGCCCUCAUUUGACUUUGAAGCAGAGGGGAAAGCAAUAAUCGAGACAUACACUAUUGAAUUUUCUCGAGAUGGAAGCCCUAUGAGGGCUUGCAUUGUAGGCCGAAUUGCCGAUACUAACCACCGAUUCUUGGCGAAUGAGAGCGACCAGGCUACCCUGUUACGUUUGUCUGCAAUGGACGAAGAGCCAAUUGGGAAGACUGGCUUUGUUGUCCCCGAUCUUGAAGGUAAAAAGGGUCAGAGAAGAAAUUUGUUUUCGCUAGAUAGUAGCUCCAAACUUUAG